AUGUGUAUGGAUGGUAAUAAUGGUGUUGUAUUAAUGUCGGCAAAUAUGUUACCAGAAUCGAAUGACUUCAAUCUACAGUCUUGUGGAAAUCCACGACCAAUAUCGCCAAAUCAUUCAUCUUCACCUACCCAUAGUACAAUUGAUAAUCUUCUUUCUCAACCACUGGUACCUGUUCCUGGUCAAGAAAAUCAAUCUGUCAUCGAUGGUACUGUUGAAGCUCAUAUUGAUCUUGUCUAUAAAAAUACCAUACCGCCAACAUAUACAAAUGGGGAUGUUCAUGAACUAAAAAUAACAUCUAAAGAUAUUCUAAAUGGACAUAAGAAUUUACACUCAAUGGAUGUUGUCGAAAAAUAUCAUGAUGAAAAUAAUCACAAUGAGAAAUCUCAUUCAAGUUGUACAAGAUUAAACAAAUUAUGUUUAUUUCUUGCUAUCUUGUGUUUUGCAUUAUUUCUCGGCGCAUUAACAUUUAUUAUUGCCCAUAUUGAUAAGGUAAAAUUACGUUUUGUACUUUGA